GUCCCCUUUCUGGGUUACCACCACGUGCUGAUGAUUUUGAUCGUCGUCGCAAUCAUCCUUCUGUGUAUGUCGCAUCACGAUCAAUACAUUCCGCUGCUGCUUGCCGGCUGUUCGUCCUCGUCGCCUCUGAUCCCUGGAAUCUUCCUGCUAUCCAUCUACUACAAGUCAUACCAGCCCAAUCCCGACACGGCGCAGGUCGACUACCAGUUUUUCACCGCCCUGGAGAACAUCGCCGGAAACGCCCAAAUGCAGGCUCGAGUUGGUUAUUUUGGCAUCUGCGUCAACCCGGACGGCGGCUCGUGGCUGUGUAGUAACAAUGCGACAGCCCUGGCCAAGGAAGUCACAGUGGACCAGGACCCUCUCAACCUCAUCUGGUUGGCGGCCCAAUUCAAAGACAUGAUUGUGUUUCCCUACCUGAUCAUCAUUGCCAUCAUCUUCGCCUUCAUUUGCCUGCUUCUCUUGGCCACUUUCCCCGGAUGGCAUGAGGAGGAAGACUCUGAAGGAUCCGAGCGCGAAGUCAAGCCAUUCCCCUCUCGUCCCGUCUCGCAAAUCGCACUGGCCAUCAUCUUCAUCUCGUCCAUCUUCGUUCUCGUCUCAGUCCUUUGGCAGCACACUGCAUCCGUCGCAGCAUCCGUCAUCGCUCAAGAUUUUGGUAAUGGUGUCGUCAAGAGUGGCGUAGGCAGCAGCGCCAUGGUAAUGGGCUGGUUCUCGUUUACGCUACUCAUCAUCGUCACCAUUGGUUUGCUCGUAAUGAUAUUGAGCAUACGCGUCCUGAGUUCAAUGGUGUGA